AUGGGGCGGUGGCUGCGGAGUGCACUAAUUAUGUUCUUGCUAUUACCCAGUAAUGCACCAAAACUUAGCGGUCGCUACUUUACUGAGCGCCAUUUUGAUCGCGAAGUGAAACAUUAAAUGAAAUUUACGAGGUUUCUGUCUGGUAAGACGCUUUUAUAGUGCCAUUUCCUGGCCUUGCCACUGUUCUGCUAUGGUUACAUUUCCGAGUGAAGACUGUAAUAGUUUUGCUGCCAAUCAACUUGGGUAAGAGGACAACAUUUACUAUAUAUUGCGCUGACUUUUAACAGAUUUAUAUAACACGGAAAUCAAUAAAAUGUAAAAGAGCUGACAGAAGUAAAGCUGCGAGGCGAGUCAUCGAUAAAAUGCAAGUUUCCAAGAGCGUUAAACAGCACCUUUCUCGGCACACGGACACUGUAUUUAAUUGGUAGGCAUAGGUGGCAUCGGUAUCGAUUUUCCAGACCAAAGCUUGAAGAAAAUACUGCCGAGAUCUCUUUUAUAAGAUAUGGAAAGGAAGUACCUGUGUCUGUGUCUUGGACUAUCGGUGGCGGUGAAACUUGUUUAAAAUUUGAAGACGUAUUACUACUUAAUUUCCAAGAAGUUAUCUCUACACUGGUUCCAUUGUGCCAAGCAGUGCAACAUAUCAUCAUUGACUUUCAUAUGCUUAAGUUUGAUCGGUAUAUUCCUGCACAUGAGAUCAUUCCAAUGAGAUCAGUCCUUACCGUUUGCAUUAGCGACAUCACGUCCACAUAUUCGAAUGCACCAAUCAUAUCGACUCUCAGUGAUUGCUUUCCAAAUGCAAAGAGUCUUGAGCUAUCUUGUGACAGUAAUGAUUUUAUACACGCUCGAAAAUACCAUUCCGACCCCCCACUGUCUUCCUGGAGACAGGUAAAAUUAGACUUGUGGAACGGACACUCAAGUGACUUCGUCACUCUCGAGACCAUCUUCCUCUCCCUUUCUUCUGCCUGUCAAAACAUAGAAUCACUCUUCAUCAAAAGCACUAAAGCUUUCCAAUGGGGCAAGUCAAGCACAACCAUCAAAGCAUGUAAAUUACCUUAUCUGACUGAUAUCCAUCUUGAAUUUCGUCGGUCUGAAGAGCACUAUGCACUUCAAUUGAUAAAAGACUUGCUAUAUGACGUGAAUCCUGGUUUGAAGUUUGUCAAAGUAAAAAGUGUACAGCUAGGAAACGUAGUAUUGAAGAGUGUUGAAUGGUCCCGAACAUCUUCAGAUUGUGGGUUGCGAAUUGAAGGUGCAACGGCGGCUGUACCCAUAACUGACUUAAUUGAUCUUACAACUAGUGACCUUAAAGAUGUUACUGUUCUUACACUUGUCAGUUGCAAGACUGAUUUCGGUCCGUCUGAAAGUAAGUCCCUGCAACGCCCGAAGGAACUUGGUACACUGCGGGAAAUCAGGUUCGUUUGUUCAGAAAACCCACUUUCCGAAUCUGACAGGAACCACCUUUCGGAGUUGUAUCCUAAUGUCAAAGUGACUGAAAAACAGGAGAGUCGGGAAUCAUCUGAAGAAUCUCAGGAGGGUGCAGGGAUACCUUCCAAGUUGGACAAAGCCUCCUCUCAAUCACUCAAGAAAUCUGCCAUAGACAAACUUGCCGAGAUAAAGGUUGAAUGUCAUAAAGACACAGGCUCACAGAACCCUGAAGGUGGAGAAGAAGAAAUAUCAUGGCAAGAAAAGGAAGAGGAAUUUGACGUCAACAAAGGAAGCCUGUCAAAUGAAUCAGUACCCGAUGAAGGAGAUGUCGAAACAACCAAGAAAGAGUGCUGCAAGAGAGUUGGAGCCGAUGGUGGUAGACUGCGGCUAGAAUCCUUUGGGAUUGAACUUGAGAUACCUCCUGGUGCAAUCGACAGCAAAGAGCCACAAGAAAUCUCUCUUCAUGUCCUGACCGAUACUCCUAAUCUUGGUUACACCAAAGACGAGAUGUCAGUCUGCUUUGGUGUACAGUGUUUAGCUCCUGAUGACUUAGUGCUGAGGUCACCGGUGACUUACACAAUACCUCAUUGCGCUGUUGCAACUCGGUACUCCAGUUUAGAGGCAGUCCUAUACACAGGAGAGGGGGAAUAUACAUCGGAUGCUGAAGUCAAGGAACGAAUCCUACUUACAAGGUCGGGAAUACCAAACUGUAUCAUCGAGAAAGAUGUUCUAAGACUGCAGAUGGAUCAUUUCUCUUGGUUUAGCUUGGGAUUCAUCAACAGUUUGUUCUUCAGAGGGAAACAAAUGUGUUGUUUGCCAUUUGCCGAGAAGGCACUACCAGUGGAAAGGGUGCCCGUCAUUUUACGUGUACAUCUCUUUGAUGAUAUCCGAGGGAACGAAGAGAUGAUAAUGAGAAAAGAAAAUCGUGUAGGAUUUGAUGUUAUUCAUCCUGCAACAGAACUUCCAAUCAACGUGACAGAAGAGGACGUCACAAUGACCUGUUUCAUUAAAGAUGAUCGUGUUGGAGACGCGAUUGUCGAAUACAACGACUUAUGGAGAGGAGCAGACAGGAUGAGGUCCUUUAGGUUGGACCUGACCAAUCAACCCGAUAGAGCACUUGUGGACUUGAAAGUCGGUCAGAAAGGACAACGACAGGAGGAACUUAUUUGUAUAUUAAGGUUUACAUCUCUCAGCAGAUCGCCUCGCCCUCAUGACCUAGGACAACUAGAAGGUGCUACAGGUCAAACACCACAUCAACAAAUAGAAAAAAGUCUUGAAUCAAGAGUAGUAACAGAUGAGGAGAUCACCAACUUAGCCGGCCUUCUACCAGAUGCAAAAUACAGCAAGAUUUGCGAAGAAUUGGGUUUUGGUUACAACUACACACAAAAGGUCAAGACCAAACAUUUACUGGACUCGACUGCUGCUUUCAAAGAGGUAUUGCAGGAAUGGAAAGACAAAGAGGGAGUCAUGGUGGAUCUUGAUAAAGCUCUUAUGGAGUCAAACCUUGGAGGGCUCAUACCUAACUAUAAGAUACAAAAAUGACAUUAACAUACCCUAUCAAGGGCAUGGGAAUGUCCUAGACAUGUGUCAGCAAAUGACACAGAGAUGGGGGAGAGGCUUCACGACCAAGCAAGAAAGAAGGAAAAGGAUGAAAUAUAAUAUUUCCUGAAUGUCAUGUCAAAAAUUAUCACAAAUUCUUAAAAAUAUCAAUGUUUUUGUCGUUCACUUGCAACCUUUAUUGUUUUUUACCCGAUAUGCUAUGUUUGGCCUUCAUUUUUUUCCUGCUCAGUAUGCUACUGGUUUCAACUGAAUAAAAAUUGAGGGCGUGCAUCGGACCGUACAAUGACGUCAAAUUGGUAAGGAGGAUAUUGUCUUCACAAGAAUCUAAUUGACAUAAUAAUGAAAAUUCAUGCCCGCUCACCCGCUCACUUCUCCCUCUCUCUAUCCCUUCCCCAUGGGGACAGGGGGACGCCCCCUCCCCUACUUAAAAUAUUAGGGGGCACAAUAUCAAAUAUCCCCCUACUACUUGUGGUCUUUUUUAUGAAAAGAAAUACAUCAUUCAAAAUCGAAAUAAAACAUUUAUUUUGGACGUGAUAACUUCCCUUUUUCGUAUUGCGUAUUUGUAUUCACAAAGACUUGCUUUCAGGGAACAACGCCUUCUUAUGUUAACAGAUAUACUAUAUAUCUAUACUUUUAUGACAAAAUACUUUUGUAUAAUUCUUACUGAAAAAAAUGAUAUUUUGUUUAAAAAAGGAAGAAAGUGAAUAUUUAUUUUAAGUGAAUUGAUUUGAGUUUCAGUUUCAAAAUUCAAGUUCGCAUAAAGGUACCUUCUUCAUAAUUAUGUCACGUAAUAUCUAUUCAAUUAACUGCUUUUUAUAAUUAAAUAUCGAUGAAUGAAUGAUUUGGUUAAUUAUAUGUUGCAUUAAAGGCGCAGUCCAUGUGAAAUGAUUAUAAACUUUGUAUCAAAUGUUACCUAAUAAAUAUGGCAUUUUAUGAAUUGUGACAUCUCGAGUAUUAGUUUUAAAAAAAAUGAAAACCUAAAAAAUUGAUAAAUUUUGUUUUCUGUUGUUAAUUAUAAAAUCUUCAGUGAUAUAAUUCUCCUGUUUUCUAAUUAAAAAAAAUCGGCUUUAUAAAGUUCUUGAUAAUAAUCCAUACGGAAGUCUUUCUCCAUUGAUCAUUUAUGUAUUUACUUCUAAUUACUUGUUACACUUUGUUGCUGAUGUUGUGCAUGUUGUAAUGACCAUAUUUAUAUCUUUUUUUUGAAAAUGUGAAAUUCAGCCAGUGGUUCGAGAUGCAAUUUGAAAUAAACCACGAAUAAUAAUAAUAAUGAUAACAAUAGUGAUAAUAAUUACUAUCGCAGAAAUGUGUUUCGUUUUACCUAUAUAUCUUCUGCUUUUGUUAUUACCAUGUUUGAUUUAAUGUUGUACUUUUUAUUUUGUGUGAUUGGACAGCGACGACAAACAUCAUUUGCUGGUGUUGAAGAAAGAUCCAUGACUAAAAUAAAAAAAGAAAAGGUCAAUUUUUUAUUGGUACAAAUGGCGAUUCUUCUUAUCGAGAAGUUAAUUCUUGAUUUAAAUAAAUAUGAUGGGAUGAUGAAA